CGGUUUGAAAAUGCUAACAACAACAGGUUGUAUUAGCCUGUUAGCGGAUUUUUAAGUGUUUAGACGUUUUGGACUGAAGUGGAGUUGUAGUUUUUAAAGUUUUUUCAUGUUUACGAUAGUUUGAGAGUGAAGCGCGUGCAGCAACUUCAGCGUCAGCAGGACACUGAGGACGAGGUCGACCUGUCAGAAUGCAGUCGGAGCUGCUGAUUGGGUGGCAGCAGGAGAAAGCGGGGCUUAAACAGGAAGUGUGUCGUCUGCAGGAGCUGCUGGCCGAGAGUCGAGCAGAGAGAGAGGAGCUGGAAGCCAGGAGCAGAGCUCUGAAUGACAGGCUGUGCCAGUCAGUAUCUCCCUCGCUCGCCCUCUCUCUGCAGGUGGAGGGAGAGCAGAGGGAGUGGAAGAGGAGGGUGAGGGAGGGGAGAGAGAGGGAGGCAAGACAGGCUCUGCUCAUCCACCGGCUGCAGAACAAGGUGUUGGAGUACAGAGAGCGAUGUCAUCGUUCAGAUGUUCAGCUGCAGGACGGACACACACAGCUGCUCCUCACUGAGGUCACUGAACAAAGGAUCAGAGACGAACACAGUGACUCUCUGGAGAGCGCCCUCAUCAGGCUGGAGGAGGAGCAACAGAGGUCGGUCGGUCUGGCUGAAACGAACGCUCUCCUCAGAGAGCAGCUCGGCCAAUCAGAGCAGGCCAACGAGGCCCAGAGGGAGGACCUCCAGAAGCUGACGUCUGAUUGGACCAGAGCGGUGGAGGAGGCAGGGCAGAGAGAGGAUGAUUGGCAGAGAGAGAGGGAGUGUCUGUCCGGUCACGUGGGUCAGCAGCAGGACCGGUUGCUCUCAGUUUGGAGGUCCGUUGUUGCUUUGAGGCGUCACUGCAACACCGUCAAAACGGCCACCGACAGGGAUCUGUGGAAGUUGCGGGCGGAGUUUUCUCGUCUCUCCUCGUCUCUCCUCUCCAGCUGUGACUCCGUCUCCUCCUCCCUGAGGCUCAGCGCUCCUCCCCCGUCCUCCUCUCCUCCUCUCUCCUCCACCCUGCUCUUCCUUCCCCCGUCCUCCUCACCCUCUCUUCCUCCUCUUGCCUCCUCCUCCACCCUGGGAUCCUUCUCCUUAGGAGAGCUGGAGCCCAGAGAGGAGAAGGAGCGAGAGGUUUCAGAGUUGAAGCUUCUUCAUGAGACAGAAGUUGUGCAGCUGACAGAACGGAUUGUGCAGCUGUCUCGCUCUCUGCAGGCUGUGGACGGUCAGAGGGAGGAGAGAGAGCGGGAGGAGGACAGACAUCUAGAAACAGAGAGGAGCCUGCAGUCCGUCAGUCAGGCUGUGAUCAAACUGUCCAGAGUCCUGAGCAGCAGCCGCUCUCUGUGCGUCUCCACAGACAGCGUCCUCAGGCUGGAUCUGUCCUCCCUGCUGUCUGUCCUGUCCCACACGGAGAGCACCCUGCAGAGGAGGCAGGAGGAACUGCAGGGGGCGGAGCUGUCUCUGCAGCGGCUCAGCAAGGAGAAAUCAGCUGUGCAGCUCCGAGUGAAACAGCUGGAGGACGACAACCAGCUGCUGCACACACAACACACACAGCUGAAGCUCACACACACUCUGGACAUACUGAGCAGGGAGCGUGAGGCAGCGUCCUCGCUGUGUGUGAAGGAGGAGGAGCUGCUGAGGAGGGAGAGAGACAGACAGCUGCACUCAGAAACCCUCAGACGGGUGGAGACUGAACUGAUGGAGAACGUCCAGCUGACGGAGAGAGGAACUCUGCAGCGGAUGGAGAUCCAAACCCUGAAGGGGGCGCUGGAGAGGCAGCAGCUGGACAGACAGAGAGCAGAAGAAGAGGCUGCAGAUGCCAGAGACGCCCUGCAGAAGUCCAGAGAGAGUGUGUUGUCUCUCUCGUCCUCUGAGUUUGCGUUGAAGCGGGAUGUGGAGGACGGACGCGACACUCUUGACAAAGUGUCGGCCCUGAACUCGUCUCUGGCGUCGGACAGGAGGGAUCAGAACCAGCAGCUGCUGCAGCUGGAGUGUGAGCUGUCUGACAGCCAAUCACAGCUGCUGGCUGUGAGGUCAGAGGUCAGCGCUCUGCAGAGGGAGAGAAAAACCGUCAACGUGGAGAACAGCUGGCUCAGCUGGCAGAGAGAGAGGGAGGCGCUGAGCGAGGAGCUGGGGGACAGGGACGGAGAGGUGGAGGCGCUGAGGAGGCGCAUAGAGGGACUGACCGCGGAGGAGGGGGAGACUCAAAGGGAGGUGGAGAGACUGCGGAAGGAGGUGAUGGUCCUGAUGGAGAGAUUACAGCGGGCGGAGGCAGAGAAGGAGAGACUGGAGGAGGAGGUGAAGAGCGUGGAGGUCAGGAUGAGAGAGGAGGAGGUGAAGAGGACAGAGGAGGUGGAAGCGCUCUGUGACCGGAUGGAGAGAUUAGGAGGAGAGGAGGAGAAUAAAAGACUUAGAAAAGAAAUCUUCAAACUCAAGGAGGAGAGGGGAGAGAAGGAAAAGCAGCGAGACGAAGAGGAGGAGAGAAGGAAGGAGGAGGUGGAGCGACUCCGAGAUGAAGAGAGGAGAGCAGAGGAGGAGAUUAAAAGACUCAGAAAAGAAACCUUCGAACUCGAGGAGGAGAGGAUAAAGCAGGAGAAGCUGCGAGACGAAGAGGAGGAGAGGAGGAGGCGAGCAGAGGAGGAGGUGGAGAGGCUGAUGGAAAAGGUGGGGGAGGUGGAGCUACUGACGGUGAGGUUGAACGUGGCCAAGGAGGAGUGUGAGGAGAUGAAGGAGGAGGUGGAGCGGAGGGAGCGCAGCCUGGAGCGACAGAUGAACGCCGUGAGGGAGCGGGAGGAGGAGGUGGAGGAGCUGAAUGAGCGGCUGAGGCUGGCAGAGGAGCGGGAGGAGGAGGCGGAGAGGGAGCAGCAGGAGGCGACCGACACACUGAAAAAGAAGGAGGCGAGGGGAGGAGCAGCUGCAGACGCUGCUGAGAGAAACCCGGGCGCUCCUGGAGAAAGAGAGGAGGGAGGGAGGAGAAAGACACGUCAGGCUCUCCUCCCAGACCAGGGAGCUGCAGGAGGCCCGUGCCGAGAAGCCAGGGAGGAGAGGAUGAGGCUGGAGGACAGAUGGGAGGAGAGGGAGAAGGAGGUGCAGGAGCAAAGAGAGGAGCUGAGGAGGACAGAGCAGGAGAAGAGGAGGCUGGAAAACCAACUGAAGGAGGCGGAGGAGGGGAGGAAGGGAGAGGAGGAGGUGCUGAAGAUGGUGAGGGAGGAACUGAGGGAGGAGCAAGAGAGACUGGUGGAGGCAGAGAGAGGUCAGCACCUCCUGGUGGAGGAGGAGAAAGCAGGGCUGUCAGUGGAGCUUAGGAGGAAGGAGAGGGAGGUGACUGCACUCAGAGAGGAGAUAAUAAAGGAACAAAGGGAGAAGGAGGAGAUACAGGAGGAGCUGAGGAGGACUAUGAAGGAGGUGACGUUCUUCAAAGAGGAGGUGAAAAGGGAACAAAGGGAGAGAGAGGAGGUACAGGAGGAGCUGAGAAGGACUAAGAAGGAGGUGAUGGCCCUCAGAGAGGAGGUGAAAAGGGAACAAAAGGAAAUGGAGGAGGUACUAGAGGAGCUGAGGAGAACUAAGAGCGAGGGGGAGGUGUCUGCACUGAGAGAGGAGGUACAGAAGGAACAAAGGAAGAAGACAGAGGCACAGGAGGAGCUGAUAAAGAGGAGAGAGGAUGUGACAUCUCUCAGAGUGGAGGUGCAGAAGGAGCAGAGGAGGAGGCAGGUGAUGCAGGAGGAGCUGAAUAGGACCAAGAGCGAGUUGACAGUCUUAACAGAGGAAGUGGAGAAGGAGCAGAAGGAGAUGGAGCAGGAACAAGAGACGUUAAUGAAGACAGAGGAGGUGGAAGCUCUCAGAGAGGAGGUGUCAGAUGUGAGUCGGAGCAGGGAGCGAGCUCUGGAGGAGGUGCAGGAGAAGAAGGAGCAGAAGCUGCAGAUGGAGGAGGGUCUGCGGGUUGCUCUGGAUGAGGGGAACACGCUGAAGCUCCUCCUGCAGGAGAGCCAGUCAGAGGAGGAGCGUCUGAGGAGCAUCCUGCAGGAGAAGCAGGAGGAGGUGCAGCAGCUCAGGGAGGAGAGGGGAGAGGUGGAGGAGCUGAGAGCCAGAGCCAAGGCCCUGGAGAGGAGGAGGACAGAGAUGAUGGAGGAGCUGCAGAAGGCCCGACGGGAGAAGGAGGAUGCUGAGGAGCAGUGGCGGAGCAGAGUGGAGGAGGAGCAGGAGGUGAAGCUGAAAGCUCUGUCCAGAGAAGUCCGGACCCUGAGGGAGAGAGAGGAGGAGAAGGAGUGGAGGUCCAGGGUGGAGGAGGCGGAGGAGACGGAUGGACUGAGGAGGAGAGACAGAGAGACGGACAAGGAGGAGAAAGGAGGAGGAGAGGAGGAGCAGAACUCCUCUCUGCUGCAGGAGAAGGAGGAGCAGAACUCCUCUCUGAUGAAGGAGGAGCAGAACUCCUCUCUGAUGCAGGAGAAGGAGGAGCAGAACUCCUCUCUGCUGCAGGAGGAGGAGGAGAUCAGGAGGCAGCUGAGGCAAAGAGAAGCCGAGGUGUACACUCUGAGUCAGAGGACGGUGGAGCUGGAGAGGGACAGGGAUCGCGUCCGAUUGGCUCUGGAGAGAACUGAGGCGGCUAUGAUUGGCUACAGGGAAAGAGCCCACCAAUGGGAGCAGAGCGUGGAGGCGGGCUCUAACACGGACGAGGUGGUGGGGGACAGACUGGAGGUUCUGCAGCGGCUUGUUGCUGAACUGGAGCUCGAACAGAAACGAAUAAUGAAGAAAAACUUGCAUCUGGAAAAUCAGAAAGAAAAACUGAAGAAGGAAAGAAAUGCACUGAGAGACACACUGAG